AUGCCGCUCUUCACACGCGCACCAACCCGCCUCACCGACCUCCCCUCGCUCACCUCGAGUCGGCCCUCCCGCCCUCGUCCAACCCCGACCUCGACCCCGCCCCUCUCGUCCACCUCGCACACCUCGACCACCUCGUCCUCUGGGCCCUCGACACCCCCCGCGACCGACUUCGAGCCCGACGCGAGCCCGAGCCUCGUGUCAACCCACCCGCUCCAGCUCGAGCUCGACGGCGGCAGGGCCUCCCUCGCGCCCCUGCCUGCGCCCGCGCCGGGGCACAAGCUGCGCACGACGCGCAGCCGGAGCAAGAGCCGCUCGCGCGAGGCCGCCGGUGGCGGCGACGACGACGAGCGAGCAGGGCGCGUCGGGCGCUUCUUCAGGCGCAUCGCGAGCCGCAAGUCGCUGCGGGGCGGGGGCGGCGGUUGCGAGCAGGAGCACGAGCAGGGCCGCGAGGGCGAGGGCGACAAGUUCGCGCCGGCGGUCCCGAGCCUGCCCCCGAGGCUCGAGCCCCUCGACCUGCCGAGCCUCGGCGCCCCGUUCGAGCUGAGUGGGCCUGUGCCGCCGCUCGAGGGCCCGCCCGAUGCGCACCAGCAGGCCGGAACCGAGCACGAGCACGAGCACGAGCACGAGGGCGACCGCUCGGCCCUCGCGCCCGUCGUCACCGCCGCCGCCGGCCCGACCCUCGCCUCCUGCUCGCCCGCCGCGCAUCCACCUCCCCAGCCCGCUCGCGCCCAGCCAGCGGCGCUCGCCAGCUCGUUCUCCCGCCUCAAGGUGCGCCUCUCGCGCCUUGCGCUGCCGUCGUCGUUGUCCGAGGCGCGCACGAGCCGGCCCGCGAGCGUCGACGCGUACGGCGAGGCGUCGGACGACGACAACGACGAGGGCGACGACGACGAGGGCGAGGGCUCGAAAGGCGGCCACGCCUGGCUGAGCGCCCCGCCACCACGGCCCGCCGCCGCCGCCGCCGCCGCGACUCUCCUCCUCACCCCGCCCGCCUCGCCCCUCUACUGCGCACCACCACCGCCGGCCUCGCCGUUCCUCGUCGCGCGCGACUACGACCCCACCGUCGAGCGCCUGUUUGCGCACGCGCGCGCGCGCCUCGCGGGCCCUGCGCCGUCCCUCGUACCCUCCCUCGCACUCUCCUCCUCGUCCGCGCUCGCGCUCCCUCCGCACAUCCCGCACGCGCUGCCCGGCCCAGCCUCGACGCACCCGCUCGCCGCCGCCGCCGCCGCCACCGCCGCAGGAGCAGCAGGAGGAGCACGGCACCCGGCCCGCCGCCCCGCAAACGGCCUGCGCACCCUCGUCGCGCACCGCGCACUGCGACUCAAGCUCGUGCGCGGCGUCACGCGCACCGACCGCGCCGAGCUCGCGCGCACGAGCUCGGGCCCGCACGUACCGCCGCCGCCGCAGGUCGCCCCGCCGCACGUCGCGCUCCCGCUCCCGCGCCUGCGCGAGUGGGCCGCGCGCCCGCCCUUCCCUGAGCGCGUCCUCGUGCACACUGCGAGUGGCGGCAGCGGCGGGACGGACGUGGUGCGCGCGCGGCUGAGAAGCGAGGGCGACGGGUGGGGGCGCGAGGGGCUCGAGAGGGGGUGGAGCAGGGGGACGAGGGCGUGGUUGGAGGCGAUGGCGAUGGCGGAGGUGGAAGGUGCGGGAGGCCACGCAGUGGCGGGGAGAGAGCGCGAGCGGGAGGGAGCGGCGGCCGCGGCGCGCAGGCCGCCGAGGGAGGCGCCACCGCCGCCUCGCUCGGGCGGUCGAGGGCCAUCGUCGUCGUCUUCGCCGUCGCCCGUCGGGCCGUGGCUCGUCGGCGCCGCCGCCGUGAGCGACUACGGCUCGCGUGCCCUGCCGCCCCUGCCCGCUCUCUCGCCGCCGCCGACGCGCACGCCGCUCGUCCCAGGCCCGGGCCCGGGUCCGGGUCCGGGCCCGCUCCUCCUGCGGCAGCUCGCGCGGCAGGAUGCCGAGGCGCGCCUUACCGGGUCGCGCCCUGGCGGCGGCGAGGAGGAGGAGAAGGAGGAGCGCGUCGUCGAGGUCGAAGACGAGGACGAGGACGAGCGCCCACUCGCGACUCUCCCGCGCUCGCCGCAGCGCGCCUCGCGCCUCCUUCCGCCCGCCGCGCUCGGUCCGCCCCGGCCGGCCUCACCGCGCUCGCGCUCCCGCCCGACGACCCCGACGGCGCCGAGCACGGCGCAGCUCGCGCUCCUCGCGGCCGAGCAGCGCAAGACGGCGCGCCUCGAGGCCGAGCUGGGCCGGCUGCGCGCGCGUGAGGCGUGCCGCCGCCGGGAGGAGGACGCCGCGAGGGAGGGGGAGAGGGCACGCAGGCGGGCCGAGGAGCAGCGCAGGAGGACGCGGGCCAUGCACGCAACGGGCGAGGCGCGCCGCCGCUCGACGACGACGCCCGGCCCGGGUCCGGGUCCGGCAGCGGCGGCGGCGGCGGCGCCUCAGCUCGUGCACUCGCGCUCGUGCGGCGCGUACCUCGCGGUGCCGCACCAGGGGUACGGCGACGCGUGGGGAGCGCCGCCGGGGCAAGGGCGAGGGCUCGAACCGCCGCUGUACCACCAGCCGAUGCACGCGCUCUCGGCGCCGGACCUCCAGGCGCUGCAGCGCCAGCAAGGGCUUGUCCGCCCUCUCGUGCCGCAGCAGCCGCAGCGAUACUCGCUCGCGCCACCCCCGCCCUCGCCCUCGCCCUCGGGCAUCCCUCUCGCUCCUACUCGUCCUUCCCGCCCUCAGCGCAACUCGCUUCGCCCAUCGCCGCACAUUCUCCCGCACUCACGCUCGACGCCCGACAUGGCCCUCUCGUCUGCGCCGGCGCCGGCCUCGAGCGGACGCUCAGGCCUCCUCGCGCCGCCGCCGCCCUUCUCGCCCACUCGCCGCGCGUCGUACCGCCCGCAGACCCCGCUCGUCACCCUCGAGGCGGCUUGA